CCUUUACAUCUCCAAUUUCCAGCAGAGCUAGUCUCUCUUUCUCUCUCACGCAUACAACGACACACAGAGCGGAACCCUAACAAAAGAUUUUGGUAUUGUGUAUUAAGGUCUCAUCGAGUUUUCAUCAUUUUCUAUUUUUAUUUGAUUAAUUUGGCAGAUUUGAAGAUUAAAUGUCGGAGACUUCAAGGUCUCGAGUUACCAUCACCCUCGGAGGCACCGGGCAGGUGGUGAAAAAGGCUGGAAGUGCAUUGGAUAGUUCCUUCACUGAUUCGCAUCCACUCGUGGGAAGCAAAAGGUCGGUUCGAGAAAGGCUUGGGAAUAAUGUUGAUUCAUCCACCCAAGUCAGUAAUAAGAGACUGCGCGGAGAUGGUAGAACUGCCAGUGUUGUUGAUGACAUUCAUCUUCGUAAAGAUGAUCUCCGAUACAAAAUCAUGCAAAAGAAGUUUCUGAAGCAAAGUCAAAAUAGCCAGCAGACUGGAAUGGAUCUCCGCAACAUCCUGUCGAGGCCUGCUCACUCUUCUACGAAUAGCAUAGCUACACGGGAGAGGAUGCCUGUGCCAAAGGAUACAAAAUUGCACUAUAUGGAACCAAGGGGUGGCAGACAAGACUUGAAAGAGACUAGGGAUGGUGGACCUUUCCCACCUGUGACCAGAAAUUCUAGCCAUCGCAUACCUGACUUUCGGGUCGAGUGUGCAGCUGAUCCAAGGAAACAGUACAUUUCAGAAGCCAGGGAAGGUCUCCGAAGCAUUCUUGAGGCAGAUGAUGUUAGGCAUCCUAUGCCAGAGCGAAGUAAUGCUAAUAUGAUGGCUGAUAGGGCUGGUGGGAGAGCUUCAAACACUGUGACCAGAAUGGAGUCAGCAAUUAAUUCCUGUUCUCCCUGGACUUUGGAUCGUUUAAGGCAAAGAUCCCCAGAUGAAUCUUUUGCAACUUCUAGAGGUCUCUCAGAAGCAAAGAAAGAUGAAAUGCUGCAAAGAAGAUUUGCAGUUAGGACAUAUGAUGACGCGAGGAAAAGCUCGUAUGCGAGUAAAGAUGCUUUUGAGAUCUCAAGGCCCAUGAUCUCAUCAAACUUGGCUACAAUGGCACCACCUACUGGACAGAUGAAGACCAUGGUACCAGUAGCCCCCCAACUUCCUAUGUCUGGGAGUCUUGCCCAAAAAAACCCAUAUGUGGUGGAUGAUCAUAUUACUGUUGACAGCUUUUUGCGCUCAUUGGGUCUUGAGAAAUACGCUAUUCUCUUUAAGGCUGAGGAAGUUGAUAUGUAUUCUUUGAAGCGCAUGGCUGAGAGAGACCUCAAAGAGUUGGGAAUACCUAUGGGACCAAGGAAGAAAAUCCUACUGUCGUUGCAACCUCGUCUGAAACAACAAACAUGAUGGUUACAUUUGACACAUGAGAUUUACACAUAGCAUCGUGCUUUUGAUUGGGAGCUGACGCAAUGUAUCACCAGUUACUCUAUUCAGCUUCCUAGAUGCUUAUUUUGGUGACCAUUCUGCACUGAAACGCAUUUACAUCGUUCUUGAUGUAACAAAUUUUCUUUCGCUCGAUCUUGUUUUUACGGUAUCUUGGUCCAGGCAUAUUGCUUUAGCAUUUAACACUAUGCAAACACAGUCUGAAAAUGAGUGUAGAAAGGGCCUACACGGUUCAGUUAUUUCCAGCUGAAAAGGAGUUGAUGCUCAAGUUUUUUGCUUUAGUAGCGCAAUGGUGGCUACAUCAGCAUAACACUAUCUUCACUGAUCCAAUUGUAGUAUAUUUCCUGAGACAGACCAAGAUGAUUUUCUCUUCUCCAAACUUAAGAUUGAUCGAUAUAUACUA